CAAGUGGCUCGGGAGGGCUCUCGGCAUUCGCUCUUCGCUUCUCAAUCGCGAUCAUCGACACGGCUCGAGUUCCAAGCAAAAUUCGCAAAAGCCAAGGUUGAAAAUGGAGAUCGGAAGUUGGAUUUGGAUUUUCGCCGUCUGCACUUUUUCAGCUUCUGCUCAGACUUCGUAUGAAAAAUGGGAGGAAAUUAACUUCGCCGACUGCUGGAAUUAUGGAAAAAAUCGAUCAAUUUUUGAGGCUCCAGGCGUUCAAAAUUUCAAUGACUGCGGUCGAUGGAACCAAAGUGGAAUCGCUCCGUGGAUUGUUUUCCUCAGAACGGGUGGUGUCUUCUUGGGUUAUGGAGUUCUUGUAUCAGACAAAACAGUCAUCUCUCGAUUCUCUUACUAUGGGUACUAUUUACACGACGCGCAUAAAGAAGGGAAAGAAAUCAAAAUUUAUGCCGGCAAAUGUGAAGACGAAAAUGAUGAACAGAAUUGCUUCGGGAAAAGAGGUUUAUCGCAGAAUAAAAAGGUUUUGAACAUAAAGGAGGUGGAAUUGAAGCACGGCAGAUUUUAUUCCGAGAUGAUCUUCGUUUUGCGAAUUGACAAAGUGGAUUUGACACCGAGUUUGCAGCCUGCCUGUUUGUGGAAUUGGGACAACAGGAAUGACCAACACGAACAUUUUUAUACUUACGAUCGUUGGGAUGAUAAAAUGAGAAAAGUAGAUUUCCUACCGGUGCAAACGUGUUAUGGUGAGAAAAAGAUUGAAAAAUGGAUCUGCGACCUCUACGGGAAUACAAUCUGCACAUCAAGAGGCGAUGAUGCACGAUAUUUAUUUAUUGAGCGAGAAAAACGAUUUUAUCUACGCGCAUUGGUGGCCAUCCAUUCUGAGUCCACUUUAACAUGGUUCGAUUUGUUGCCGUUUUUGAAUGAAAUCACUUCAGCGUCCGUCGAUUUGGCUUCAAUGCCAAAAAUCCCCAAAGCAAAAUCCAAAAAAGAUUUUGGCCCAAACCAGAGUUUUGCAAACUGCGGACGACGAUCGGGCGAACGUCGCCGAAAAAGAGAAAGCGGAAAGGCGCUUCCAUUGGUCACAAAUGGCGAGAACGCGGUCAGAGGUCAACACCCUUGGCACGCGAGUCUCUCCAGGGAAACGGAAACAGGGCGUGAGGCAGAUAUUUGCGGAGCGACGCUCAUUUCAAAAAAAGUCCUCGUCACAGCGGCGCAUUGUCUUUUCGAUGGGCGGGGAAGAAAAUUGGAAGCGAAAGACGUGGACGUGAACCUCGGAAUGCACAAUCGAUCGAAUUCGGAAGAAAAUUUGCGGCAGAAAUUCAAGGCUUCCAUGAGGCUGUUGGUGCACCCCGGCUACGAUCACAACAAGAAGGACUACAAAGAUGACAUCGGCUUGAUCAUUUUGGACGGCGAGGUCACUUUAACAAAUUUCGUGCGGCCCAUUUGUCUCUGGAACGACGACUACGAUUUGAACAAAAUCACCAAAAAACUUGGCACGGUGGUUGGCUGGGGUUCGACGUACGACCACUCGAAGCCGGACAUCCUUCAAAAGGCCGAUCUCGAAGUCGUUUCGUACCAGGAUUGUUUCGAGAGCAAUAGCAAGUUCGUUUCUAUCUACUUGCGUCCGACGGAAAACUUGUGUGCAGGAAUUCCUCAAAACGAGACGAGUGCUUGCAUUGGGGACAGCGGCGGAGGAUUGACAUUCUACGACCGUGAUGACACCAAACGCCACUUUUUGCGCGGCGUCGUCAGUUCCAGUCCAGGGAAGAAUUAUGGUUCAAUCGAAUCGUGCGACACCGACCACUACGCUCUCUUCACCGACGUCACCAAUAACAUGGAUUGGAUCGUCCAAAACUCCCCCGACAUUAGUAAUUAGAAUAUUUGUUAAAUACAAAUGCCAAAUUAUGAAUAAAUUUGAUAAUAAUUUCAUUCCUGAAUAAUAUUUCCUUCAACCAACUAUUAUAUUUUGGUCGAAAAAAUUGUUGUUUUUAUGAAAAAAUAAUCACCACCUUUGAUGCGAAAACACUAUGUUAAGGCUUUAAAUUAAAUUAAUACAUUUGCAAAUUGGGCAAAAUUUUAUGCCACUGUGAGCAAUUUCCACGUUUUAUUUUUCUAAUUGUUAAAAAUGCUAUGAUAAAAUUAAGAAAUCCACCUCCAGAAUAAUAUUUUUCGCCCGCCUAGCAAACAUUUGAAGACGAAUGCAAGUUUUAAAUUUUGAAUGAUAUUUCGGGAAGACACAUUUAUUUA